UGCGCGCUUCGUUCCGAGCUGAGGUUUUUCGUGCUGUAGCAAUAAAAGUUGAAGCAGACCACUUAUAAAGCCUGCUUGUCAUUGAACAUUAUAAACAAUCAAUUGCUUGCCAACAUGUACAUGUACAUGCUAUUCGUAUCGCUCUUCUGUAUGGCGUUCCUUGUCGAGGCCAAGCUUGUCGUCGAACAUGUCGUUGGGGAGCUUUCGAAGGAUCAAGUCCAACACGGAAAGUACGGGUUUGGUUGUCUGGAAAACCUUUUUGGUGACGAGGGGAGGCAUAUACUUCAUGACUACAAGGAUCUAGUAGCUGUCAACCCAAAAGAAAACCACGAUGACAAUGACUACGAUCAGCUCCGCUACGAGGCCAUCUACGUGAUGUUUGGAGCGGACGGCGUGGACACAAUUUGUGAUACGACGCUGAGACUGCGAAAGGCAAGACUGCUUCAGGGUCGUAAAACAAAACCAAUGCCUACUCAUACCAAUGCCAACAACUUCAACUACAAUCACCGCAACACCCAAUACGAUGCAACAUGCAUCCCUUCCGAGGCGUACUAUCCAGCCGACAACGAUCCCAUGGGCGAGUACAAUGAAUGGGCGCAAGAAAACGUUGACCCUUUUCUGCCCGAAGGAGCAGACCGAACCUCCCGCACGGACCCUGCUAAACUUGUACGUAGUAUUCAAGAUACCAUUGACGUGUCAUUGGAAGCUGAAUACGCCAGUAUGGCGUGCCAUCCCAUCGUAGAAGGUAUCCAAGCGUUGGCAACCAUUCCCGAUGCAGUGUUUAUCAACCAAGGCGCGAUUAUAGGGAGUCUUAAGAGCUUCAUUUGCGGCUUUAGCAGUCGCACCGCCGCCUUUGCCACCAACACGUUGUAUAGCCAGAUGGCUCGAGCCCAAGCACACGACUUUUACAUUGAUGCUGCAGAAUCUAGUGCGGCAUACAUGAACACGGCCAAUAUGGUCAACACGGUUUGCACCAACUCCAAUGCCCAACUCAGCAGAGCCGUCGAGGAGUUGUCCGACAUCAAACGAGCCCUGGAAACGCGUUUCCGUGUUUAAGAUGAGUCGGCAUACCGGUAGCCGACUGUCAGCAAGCGCGUUCAGGUGUGCAUCGUACCGGUAGCUGGCUUGUGCCAAUGUAAUACUCUACGUGAUUGUAGCAGCACCAUAGUCUACAUGUUGGACGUUACUACUGGUACCUACUGUACCGGCACAAUGACGAGGCACGAUACGGAGAGCAGACCGAAAGCCUCGAUGGCACAAUACCAAAGUGCAUGUCGGAAAGGAUGAGAGCCCAAAACAAAUACACAAGUAAUACAUAUCGGAAGCCACGGAGGCUCGCCAUAAAGAUAACACUUCAAGCUUGACUCAUCAAUAGAUGCUGAAUGUUGUAAGGGUGCAACGGAGAACCUCAUCAGCAGCUA